GGUGGGGGUGGUGCUGGAGGACCACCCAUGUCUGGUGGAAACAAACAGCCGAUUGCCUCCAUGAGGAUGAGAAUGGAUGACUACAGACCACCACGAGCAGAGAGACUUUUACGAGAUCCAAAAGAUGUUCGUGGCUCUGGUUCAGCAGGAGAGAGAGGUCCCAUGGAACAAGUUGUUGUUCGUGCAAGGCGAGAGGCAUCGACCCGAACAAAGGAUACGUUCUGGACCAAGAAGUUGCUGGAUGCUGAAGCUACUCAGCCAAACAGGUGGGCACACACUGGAUUCAAGGAGUUAUACAGAGAUGAGCUAGGAUAUAGUGACAUUGGGGAGGGAAGUGCAGAUGAAAAGGAAAGAGAGAGUCGGGCCUCAUCUCGCCCACGUGACCCGCGGGAUCCAUCUGGCAUUGUUCCUCGCAAGGCUGCCUCCCCCUCCCGCCCCAGAUCCCCACAAGACCCACGGCGGAGAACAAGAAGUGGAUCAGCACACUCCCCCAGAAGGUCUCCCAGACGUUCUCCUCCAAGGUCAACACAAAGAGUUUCGCCACGGUCACCAAGACGGUCUCCAAGGCGCUCUCCUAAGCCAAUUGUAAGGGGGAAAAAGUCUUGUGAGUCACGGUCUCCUAACCGUGGUCGUGUUCACAAGAGGACAUAUUCUAGCAGCUAUUCAAGGUCGUCUUCCAGCAGUAGUGGCUCCUCAUACUCCAGAAGUUAUUCUUCGUACUCUCGAUCAUCUUCAGGCUCUUCCUCAUCGUCCUUCACUAGUUCCUCCUCCAGCUCAUCUGGGUCUAGGAGGAGACGUUCAUAUACACCAGCAGCACCCCGAAGGCCAAGAUCGUAUUCUGGUUCCCCACGGCGUGGAAGGAUUAGUAGAAGGCAACCACCACCACCAAAUCCAUCGUCACAAGUACGCAUGAAGCAAGUUACACACCAGGAGACUACUAAGAAACUUGUAACCAAGACAGUCAGUAAUGUGGUAAUAAAGUCCAGAAAUACUGUUACAAAAAUACCAAAGUUGAAAAACAAGGUGAAAGUUAAAGAGGGGGAGCCGACUGUUCGAAAAAGGCCACGUCCUGCUGUUCCCCCCACAACAAGUAAUUACUAUGAUGAUAAUAAUGAAGUUGGUGUAGAAGAACCAGCAGUGUAUAGGGGUCCUGGCACUCCCCCACGUAGCACCACAGAAGGCCGUCAUUUAUUAGAUCCCCACCAUUAUAAAGUUGUCCCACCUGACCAUCCAGAUUAUCAUCAGCCUCCACCUCCACCAAGAGAAUCACCAAGAUCAGAAGGGGAAGACACAGACUCGGAUUCAUCAUCUGAUGAAGAAGAUGGGCCUCGACGUAUGACACUGUCUGAGAGAUUUGGUAAACUUGCUCAGCUUAGUUCACAGAGACAAGAAUAUGAGGGAGUGAGAAUGAAGAUAGUGAGAGAGGGUGGACAGGAUAAGAAAGUUUACCUUGAGGCAGGAAGACUUCAGUCUAGAUCACCCUCCCCGGGUGGCAGAAGCCGGGCUAAUCACCCAGCUCAUGAAAGGUGGCUGCAAGAGCACCAGGCUGAGUACAGAGAAUAUCAGGAACGAUAUGGAGAGAUAAGACAGUGGGACCCUCAUCGCGACCUUCCUCGGGAAUUACCACAAAACUGGGAUGAUGUGCACGUUAGAUAUCGAUACUAUAAGGAAUCUGGAUAUUUUGGAGAUAGAUCUAUUACUCUCGAUGAUUACCUGAAAUGGGAGCAGUGGUGGUACCGUUACCGUGAUUGGCUGGAGAAGUAUGGGAGUAGCCAAGAUUUGGAGGAGAGGGACUGGCAAUAUCGUGCUUCCAGUUAUGAAUAUGAAGUUCGUGGAGGCAACUCCUCCGGGUUAGGUGGCAGAUGGGCACGACGGGAAUCUUCUCGAGAAGGAGAUGAUAGGAAAAGAAGACGAUAUUGAAGUUGCCACAAUUUGCAAUGUUUUCACAUAAAUUUGUUUAUCCAAAUUAAUUGAUGAUUAUUAUUAUUAUCAUUGUUACUUGUUUUACUGUUUUUUUAUACUUUAUCUAUAUGUAUUUUUGUUAAUGUUCACACACUUUGAAUUGAUCAGCAUUUUACACUUACUAAUACUGUACAGUAUAAUCUUUUUGUGUAUAUACUGUGCAAUACUGUAUGACACAAAUAAGAUUGUCAGUUGAAAUGUACAGUUUAAUCAGAGAAUUCUUUGUAUAUCAAUUACACAGCAUUUUUUUUUAUUAUUCUUAUGCAGAUAUACUUCAUACAGUUAUUAUAAUAGUAUGGUAUAUAUUUUUUACUGGUACACAUCUUGACCAUAUCUAUAGCCUUGGUUUUAUGAACUGUAACAUAUUAGAUCCAAAAGACAAUUAUUACUGCAGCUGUUACUAACCAACCAAAUAUACACUUUCAGUAUUCAGUGAUUGUGUGUUUGAGUCCUGUAAUAUAUAAUUUUUUAUAUAAAUUAAUGAGCACUAGGUGUAUACUGUUUGCAUCUGUACAUUUUUAUGUGGGUUAUCGCCUUCAUCUGUGGUGUAGUAUUAAAAGCAUUUGUUGGAACAGUACUUUUGUUUUAUGCUUAAGAUAUAUACUGUACACUAUAGUGUUUAAGCCAGAAUUUGAUUGGCUGCAGCUGUUUAUUGUUUUAACCAAUUUGGAAGUACUGUAUGUAUCGGGUAGAAAUUUUAAUUAAUAUUGUAAUGAUGCUUUAUUAGUCAUAAGCUUCUAUCAAAGUGUUACAUUUGUAAAAUGAUGUAUAGAAUCCAUCUUUGCUACUAAUAUUUCAGACUUUUUAUAUAUGAAUUAAAAUGAUAUUAAAUCAGGAUAGUCUUCACUGACAUUGUUUUGAUAAUACUUUCUCCCUCAUAGUUGGAUCUAACUAUCACAGAUGCCUAUUGAUUAUGCCACUAAAUAUAUAUCUCAUUAGAAAUGAAAUGAAAAGUACAGUAUAUGGAAGUGUGUGUAUUAUCAUGAUGCAAAACCAUCCAGUGACUUGACAGUAUGACAGGUUCAGUCAGACUUAUGUCAUCCCACUGGAUAAUUUGGAACAAGGGUAAUAGUAAUGACAUUAUAUCAUAGACAUUGUUCUUAAAGCAGACAAUUUAAGAUUUAAACACCUGGGGAUUUGCAUUGUAUUUAGCCUUGAAUUUGAGAUGUUGAUUCUUUUAAAGGGAAUGAAGUACAUGUACUAUAUGCAUAAAGCUACCUUUUCCUGGGUAUCUUUAGCUUGCUCUGCUCCCUCGUAAUCAAUUACUGUAUUGCAUUAUUGACAAUAAGUAGACACCAUACUUGUAAUUGAAAAGGUCCUAAUCUUAAAUUCAACAACUUUGCACCAUCAAUGGUUUUCUGUAUUUUUCUUAAUAUUAUUUGUUUUUAUGAUUUUAUGCAUUUUGUAAGAUCUUCAAAUUUCAACCUGGUUUGGAAUCUGUCUUUCAUUGCCAAAUUGUUGAUCACAAAGUUUUUCUUUUCCUAAAUUUCGUAAUCCUUUCUCAGCACAAGUAAUUUUUUGAAGGGCUUUAGUUUUGUGGACAUGUCUUAUAUCAUGAGGCCACAGUAUUGGUUCUUAAAUAUAAAUAUUGUUUAUUCCCUGUGCAGAAUGAAACUUUUGAUAUAGUAACUACGGUACUUCCCAAUUCAAACCCUGAUGGUGACUCAGGUGUACAAUAUUGUCAGGAUGGUAUGGUGGCAUGAGGUGAUGUGCUACAGUUCCUACAGCAGCAUCUUAGAUCAAGCAUGCAUUUCCACAUUUCUUUUUCUCUUUAUUUUCUAUUGAGAUAUGUGUCCAUCCUGUGCCUAUAGGGGAAGAUAUAUGCAUCUGUUGUAGUUAGGUCAGCCCAUAUCUGGAAGAACUCUCAUACUUAAAAGAAUUUCUCACACUUACAGAAUGAAAUAGAAAAUAUUGAAGUUUUUAAAUGAAACUUGGUUAACUUAUUAGAAUAUAAAAGGGUUAUAUGGUAGAUGCAUUAAUUGUAUUAUAUUGUGAGUGCUAUUACUAGAAAUAUUUAUUCGUGUAAUCUUCAGAUAUGUAAUUUCUCUACAUUACUUUCAUAGUUCCUAGUUCCUUUGUUGCUUUUUCAUUUGCCUAAGACAUUAGCCUCCUAGUAAAUCAUGUGUUAUCAUGUUUCAUUAUUUUGUUUGUAAUAACUUUUCAUUAUUACCGAGAUACCUAGCGUCGCAGUCUGUCACACUCAUCGUAGAUAUGAAUAUUUUCAUUGACUUUUCAUGAAGAAUACAUGUAAUUUUGAUACCAUUUGUCAUGAAGUUUAUGUGAGAUCAUUAUGCAUAUAUUAAUUGAAGUGAUGGUAUGUGUUUGAAUAUUUAAUGUACUCUAAUUUGAGAAGAUAUUACAAUGAAAAAGUGUUUUAUUAUAUUAACCUAUUGUGUAUAUAUUAUGUGUACUCGCCUGUCCUAAGGUUAAAUUAGAUAAUACUGGACUGGUUGGUAGGGAAAGUACAAGGUUUUUGUGUAAAAGUAUGGUAGUUCUUAAUUAUAAUGUACAGUACUCAAAAUAAACUUAUAUAUGAAGCUAGCUUUUUUUUCUACUUCUGACAUAACCAGUUAAUUAAAGUUCGAGAAAACCUUGUAUAUUCCAUCGUGCUUCCUGAAGGUGAUAUUGCACACGGUGGAGUCUUUCCUUGAUCAUACGUGACCUCCGCUUCCCUUUUCAUGAGUGUUUAGUAUUAGCCUACAUCAGUCGGUAUAAUUUAUCAUGUUUACUGUACUGUAUACAUGGAUUCAAUAUUAUCCAUUUCUAUGUUCUUUAACAUUCAUUAUUAUCAAUUUCUUAAUUCUACUUUUGAAUUCACUUGAUAUCAAUACAGUAUUACUGUAUCUACUUUUUGUUAUACACUCUUGUUCAGCAUUUCCAAUUGUUUAUACACUAACAUUCAAUAUUAACUUCUGUAUAGUGUAUAUUGUAUAUUGGUGUACAAUAUUAUCCAAUUUUGUUUACUGUAUAUUAGUUUUCAGUUUUUUUUGUUGAACUAUCGUGGACAAAA